AUGCGUUUCACCAGCAUCUUCACUCUUCUGGCCGCCUCGGUCGCGGUCGCUCAGUCCGCGGAUGAGACUACUACGACCAAGACCACCACCACCACCAAGACGGUUACUAUCACCAAGUGCAACCCGACCAAUACCGCAUGCCCCCUGUACACGCCGACUUCGACCAUUGCGCCUACCAUCAACUCGACGACCUCCAUUCCCACCUCUACCUCUACCUCCACCUCUUCAUCUUUCUCUUCGUCGUCCUCGUCGUCUCACUUCUACCCGGCUGCCAACUCCACCAGCUUUGCUGGCCCGACCGCCUCGGCGCCCUGGACCAAGUCUACCGUCCUCCCCAUCAAGACUUCGGCCGACUCUGCCGCUCCCACUUCUGCAGGCAGCGCUGUUCCCUCGGGUCCUGCGAGCGCUGGAUCUGGUCUCUUCGUCCAGAGCGGCCUCAUGGCCGCCGUUGUCGGUCUCGCAGCCCUCGCACUGAACUAG